CAGAAUGUUUGGAAUUAAGAAUGAAAAUUCACUCAGUAGAUUUUGCAGACGUUCGCAGUCUUCUUGUCGUUUAAGAAACAAUUCACUACAACUCCCCUAAUUCUGUAGUGCUGGUCCGGGGCAUUGCGUUGUGGGACUUGAAGUUCAAAUCCGCCAGCUGCGCUGUAUGUUCAGGAUUCGGUGCCCUGAAACGAACAGCAAUACCCAUACUGUUGUAUGUGAGCUUGCCAGGCCCCGCCUCAUUUAAUGGAGGAAUAUGAGCAACAAAAAAAAGAAAGGCUGGGGAAUAUAUUUAUUUUGAAUAUCUGAAAUAUUCAGUUAUGUACAUUCAUUUUAAUAUGUACAUAUAUUUAUGAUUGCAGUUAAACGUAACGUUUAGGCCUAUACGGCCAAUUUCAUGCAUUUUAUUUGUGCAUGCGAAAUACCGACCCCCUCCCCAUCGCUUGCCAGAUCAAGUGAACUGCAGGCCCUAGCUAAUCACCGGACUGGAGUAUUUCUAGUGAUCGGGGGAAAGGAGCUACGGCAACGGGAAGGGGGGUAAUUAUUAUAGACUGAAAGCCAGCAAAGAUUUUGGGUUGAAGAAGUUUUCAAGUUUUUAAGUAGGGUGUAAAAACAGGGAUUUAUUUGAUGUGUUAGAAACUGAUUUGUUGUGCCCAAGCAUUAAAGUUGACAGAACUGGAUCAAAGAUAUCUACUAUGGAGCGAGCUGGCAGCAUCCAGUUGGAAAUCCCCGACUUUAGUAACUCUGUGCUGUCCCACCUGAACCAGCUGCGUAUGCAGGGUCGCCUGUGUGACAUCAUUGUGAAUGUGCAGGGUCAGAGCUUCCGUGCCCACAAGGUGGUGCUGGCAGCCAGCUCUCCCUACUUCCGUGACCACAUGUCCCUCGGAGAGAUGAGUACAGUCUCCAUCUCUGUCAUCCGCAACCCCUCCGUCUUUGAGCAACUUCUCUCCUUCUGCUACACUGGUCGGCUUUGCCUCCAGCUGGCUGACAUUAUCAGCUACCUGACGGCUGCCAGCUUCCUGCAGAUGCAGCACAUCAUCGACAAGUGCACCCAGAUCCUGGAGAACAUCCAUUUCAAGAUCAACGUGGCUGACGUGGAGGCUGAGCUCAACCAGGGCAGCAGGGGUAAGCAUCAGGAAAGGACCCCAGAGGGGGGGAGGAGUGGCAUGACUUGCUCCCUCAGCCCCCGGCACAGCAGCCCGAGGGGAGGUCGGCGAGCAGGAGGGGUGAGCCCCCCAGAGGAGUCCAUGAGCCCACAGAUUAUUGAGCACAGCUCCGAUGGCAAUGGCAAGGAGCCCAUCCUGAGGAUAAAUCGGGCAGGGCAGUGGUAUGUAGAGACAGGGCUGGAGUCAGACCGGGCAAGCGGGCGCAGCGGGGGCAUGGAUGACGAUGUGCGCGUGGUGGAUGGGCUGCGCAUUAAAACGGAGAGGAUGGAGGAGUGGAUGGGUGCUGAGACACAGGCUUCAGGGGAGGAGGGGAGCAGUGCUGAGGAAGUGACCGCCAUGAUGAUUGAUACCACAGGCCACAGCUCACUGGCGCAGGAGAGCUCAGGUGCCAAGGGCUCCCAGCCAUCCAGCAGUUUCAGUGAAAUUGACCGGUUCAGCCCUACAGGCAGUGUUGUGGUGAUGGCUGAGCGGCAAAGAGCAAAGAGUGAAUCGCCUGGAAGGAUGGAUGACCAGAGGCAGCCUACCUCACAGGGAGAAGAGCAAACGGUUUUUGACAUGGGUGGCUACGAGGAGUAUUUGCGUGAGCAGGUGGGUGACCGCUGGUUCCGUUACAACCCGCGUCUCACUUGCAUUUACUGCUGCAAGUCCUUCAACCAGAAAGGCAGCCUGGACCGGCACAUGCGCCUGCACAUGGGCAUCACGCCCUUCGUGUGCCGCAUCUGUGGAAAGAAGUACACCCGCAAGGACCAGCUGGAGUACCACAUCCGCAAACACACAGGCAACAAGCCGUUCCACUGCCACGUCUGCGGAAAGAGCUUCCCUUUCCAGGCAAUCCUCAACCAGCACUUCCGCAAGAACCACCCGGGGUGUGCCCCUCAGGAGGUAUCACACAGCGCCUCCCCCGAGACCACAGUAACCUCGCGGGGGCAGAACGAGGACGAGUCUCCUUCACAGGAGGAAAGUGGGGGCACCGCUUUCAGUGAAAUCGUGCAGCCUUCUGUCUCCACCACGGGCCCGGACUGAACCAGGGCCAGGCUGCUCCAUUAAGUGGUUUCCAGUUCAUUGGGUUGUGUUUUUUUUUGUUGAAAGCAAAACUGUUUUUUUUUGUUUUUUUUUUUUAUAUAAAGUGAGACUGGUUUUGUAUUCCCCUUUUCCCUGUAAAAUGUACUGCUUGUUCUGGGGUAAAAUUUCUCAGCUCAUAAUCUAGAGAUGUUGUGUACAGAUUCACACCCACCUCUUCCUAAAGGAAUUGCACUUUCAUUCUUCUCAUUCAGUCAGCCUCAUCUGUUAAGCUAAGACCUCUUCUCUCCACCCUGAUCAACCAUUGCUCCCUGGAUUGCUCAAAUUCAGAGCUGCUAAUAACCAUUGCCAUCUCUCACCCAUGUUUUUACACAAUGAUGUAAAAAGCUGCUACUUACUCCACAUUCUCAUAUCAAAUUGGCUGAUUUGGAAUUGUGCAAAGUACAGAGGUGUAGCUGUAUUACAUUGAAGUACUAGUAUUUUCUUUGCUUUGCAUGAAACCAGCAUCAUUUAAUAAGUAAAAGGACACCUGAACCAAAACCAAUAAGAGGAUCUACACAAAGGAUCAAAUGUUUAAGCCAGUGGGAUUUCCACUAACGUUAAUUUGUUUUUGAACCACAACGAAACUUACAGACUUUGUGUUAAAUGUUACAUGUAGUGUAAAUGGGAAGGUUUCUCAUGAAGUCAGUAUGUCGUUAUGGAGGUUAACAGGCUUCCACGACUCUCUCAUCUGAAAGGGAACGGCUUUUUUACAGAACAGUACAAACAAUUGCAAUAUCAAGAGUGGAAAAACUGGUUUAUGAUGGGAGGUUGUUCAUGUGAGAACUACAGGCUGCAGCAAGGUUUAUAGCAGCAAGGUUGAGUCCAGUACACUCGAUGCUCCCUUUAGGUUUAACACUAUUUGCCAAGUGCUUUGGAUUUUUGGAUUUUAAUUAGUCACAUACUCUGGGUUUUAAUGGAAUCAGGCUGUGCUGUGAAUGGCCUUUGUUAAAUGUGUUUAUUGAAACUGUAUUGUGUUCUGUAGCUUUAAAUUCUUCCUAAAACCCCAAAACAGACACUUAAUAAGGCAAAGAGUUACCAAAACA